CAUCAAUCACAUCAAACAUUAAGCUCGGUAUUUUAACAAUUUUAACAAUUUUAACAAUUUUAACAAUUUUACCCUUUCAACUUAUUCUCCUAUGCGCUCUUAUAUACAUUCGCUGGGAAAAUAUCGUUGACAAUGACUUAACUGCAUGACCAAACGGGUAACUGGUUACAAUAUAUCACCAUUUAAAUAUAACCACAUCCGUUGCGUCCGUGCAUUUCACUAUGAUCGCCCGUCGGCUCGCAUUGCGCCAGACGUCCCGACUAUGUCGCCCCGUCCAACUUAGGAAUACAGCUAAUUACCAAUGGGCAAGAUUAGCUAGUACAUCUAGUGGAGGUGAUGGGCCUGAAGCAAGAAAAGGAGGCCUUGGGAGAUUCCUGGGUGGCUUUCUAGUUGCUCUCCUGGCUGGAGGCGCGGUUGUAUUGUACUCGAACCAGACAAAGGAGCCACCCAAGACACCCCAAGCAGUAAUUGAAUAUGAAAAGCCUCGCCCAGUCCCCGAGUCAAAGGAAGAUAAUCGAGACAUCAUAAGCAGCCAGCAUAUCCAAGUGAAGAAGAGUUGGGAGAAUCCAGGUGUUUAUGUUUGGGGCUCUAACUCUGGACGAGUCGCCGCCCCCGACUCUACGGACCCCGUCGUGAAAACCCCGCGGAGGAUACCAUUUUUUGACGGCAAACUACUCCGAGAUCUGAAGUUAGAUCGUGAUUUUGGUGCUGCUAUAACCGAAAAUGGUAAUCUCGUGCAAUGGGGUACGGCUUUCUCGAGUGCAAACCCAUCUCCGGCCGAGACGCUAAAGGGCAAGGAUCUCGUCAGGAUUGAAAUAUCCCGUGAUCGCAUCAUUGCUCUCGGAAAGAGUGGAUCCGUUUACUCUGUCCCAGUAUCAGCAGGGGACCAAACGUCUAGCAAGAAGUCCCAGAAAUCGUCCUGGUUCUCAUUAUGGUCCAGUCCAGAGACCGUUAACUAUCGGGAGCUAAAGCCACGGGAACUAGGAUGGGGUGAGAAAAUUAGUGAUAUUUCUGGUGGUCUAGAGCAUGUUCUCCUCCUAACCUCCAAGGGGCGCCUCUUCUCCGCCGCCUCUAGCUCAUCUGAUUUUCCAUCCAAGGGUCAGCUGGGUAUACCAGGUUUAACCUGGACGACACGACCGGAAGGACCGUACGAUCAACCACACGAAGUCCCCGGCUUGAAGAGAUUUAAUAUCGAACAGAUUGCUGCCGGCGACUACCAUUCACUAGCCCUUGACAGCGACGGACGCGUCUUUGUCUUUGGUGACAAUACCUCUGGCCAACUCGGCUUCGAGGUAGAGCCCCAAAUUCCAUUCAUCGAUGCUCCGAUCCCGUUACCGUUCAACAAGAUAUACAGCGGUUCUAGCAAGCAACCUCGUGUGACAUCUAUUGCUGCUGGUGGGGCAAAUUCGUUCUUCACUGUCGAUGCGAAGCGAAUUGCUGGAUUCAAAGAUGAUGUGGACGCUGUCAAAGACCUGGGGCGAGUAACAGCCGAUACAUUUGCUUGUGGCUCUGGCAUCUGGGGUAGCUUGGGUACGGGCAAGUGGACUCAUGUCUCACUUGGUCCUUCCAAGAUCAAAUCUCUAUCGGGCCUCUAUGAAUGGGACGAGAAUACAAAUUCGAUCAUUCCCAUCCGCCUAGCAAGAUUGAGUGUUGGUAGCACACAUACUGCUGCAGUGAUGGAUAAUGUCACUCAGGUGGGCGUAUCGAGUAGUACGUCCGAUAAUGACACGAACUGGGGUGCGGAUAUCGUAUUCUGGGGUGGUAAUGAGCAUUACCAGUUGGGGACGGGGAAAAGGAACAACCUUGCCAUACCGACCUACAUUGACCCUCUAGACGGGGGGGAGGCUGACGCGGAGAAGGGAAGAGGUAAUGAACAUCAUCGAUUCCAAAUCACCCCACGUACGACAGUGAGACUCGGGGAGGGUGGCACAGGCAGAAAAGUUAGCGUUGAGCAACGGGUGGAGUGUGGGCGGUUUGUGACAGCCGUCUACUCUGGGGCAUAGGCCCCUUGCCCUUCAAAAGCUCUAUAGGAAAAAUGCUAUGUACUAAUUUCUAGGUGUACAAUACAAUAUGGUCGAAUACUCGGAAUCCGUUAGAUGGACUUGGGUACCUCUUGGACUAACGAUGGUUGACUUGGAGCAUACGGUCCCCCGAUCGUUUCGGAUCUUUAGAUACCCCCCAUCUCAAUCUAUAAAAGUAAAUGUAUGUUAUGUAUUCAUACCCGAUGGUCGCUUUGAAGGCGCGUUAUCUUGGAUUCUAUACUUUCAAGUGUGAUUUAUUCAUUCCACGCUGGUCUAUCUGUUGUGUAUCAACUCGGCACAAACUUCAACCGAAUACAACAAGUCGUGGAUGGUGCACGUUUAUCAGGUGGAUAUGUUUUCUAUUCUGAUCUCAUCAUACCCGUGCAUUUUGACACUUCUGUUAAAUGAAUGUCACUGUGAAAUAUGUAUGAUUCGCUUCAUGAGGUUGCCCCGGCCUAAUCAUCAGUUUGAUCUACAACACAUACGCGAGAUCGGAUCUCU